GCCGCUUCCGGCGGGGAUGGGAGCGCGCAGCGCGGAAGCGGGUGGCAGGCCGGCCGCCGGGGCGAGGCGGGGGAGGGGCCGUGAGUGCCGCAGUCGGCUAGCCAUGGAGUGGAGCUUGCUGGCGGCGAGGCCGCGACGACAAGGUAGCCACCCCCGCAGCAUGCCUCGACCGCGGUCCGCACCGCCUUCCCCCGACCCCCAGGGUGCGCUGGUCCCGGUCGCGCGCUCCGCCCUCCGCAUCCCAGGCGUGGUCGGUUAAAUCCCAGCCGUGACCCAGGCCCGGGGAGCUAGUCUCCACCCUUCGCUCUCCGGAUUCCCCUUGGAGUGCGCCGCACCAUGCCGCUCAGGCUCUUCCGGCGCCUGCUCCUCACCGCUCUGCUGCUGGUGAUCGUCUGGACCCUCUUCGGGCCUUCGGGGUUGGGGGAGGAGCUGCUGAGCCUCUCACUAGCCUCCCUGCUCCCAGCCCCCGCCUCACCGGGGCCGCCCCUGGCCCUGCCCCGCCUCUUGAUCCCCAACCAGGAAGCUUGCGGUGGUCCCGGGGCUCCUCCCUUCCUGCUCAUCCUGGUGUGCACGGCUCCUGAAAACCUGAACCAGAGAAACGCCAUUCGGGCCUCGUGGGGCGGGCUGCGCGAGGCCCGGGGACUCAGGGUACAGACGCUAUUCCUGCUGGGAGAGCCGAACGCACAGCACCCCGUGUGGGGCUCCCAGGGGAACGACCUGGCCUCGGAGUCAGCAGCCCAGGGGGAUAUCUUGCAGGCCGCCUUCCAGGACUCCUACCGCAACCUCACCCUCAAGACCCUCAGCGGGCUGAACUGGGCUGAGAAACACUGCCCCAUGGCCCGAUACGUCCUCAAGACGGACGAUGAUGUGUAUGUCAACGUCCCCGAACUGGUAUCAGAGCUGGUCUUGCGAGGGGGCCGUUGGGAGCAAUGGGAGAGAAGCACAGAACCCCAGAGAGAGGCUGAGGUUGGAAAUGAACAGCAGGAAGGAGGCCAGGCCUUGCACAGCGAGGAAGUGCCUCUUCUGUACCUGGGCCGGGUGCACUGGCGAGUGAACCCCUCUCGGACACCAGGGGGCAGGCACCGUGUAUCAGAGGAGCAGUGGCCUCACACCUGGGGCCCCUUCCCACCCUAUGCCUCAGGCACGGGUUAUGUGCUGUCAGCGUCUGCUGUGCAGCUCAUUCUCAAGGUGGCCAGCCGGGCACCCCCUCUCCCAUUAGAGGAUGUCUUUGUGGGGGUAAGUGCCCGACGAGGAGGCCUCGCCCCAACACAGUGUGUCAAGCUGGCUGGUGCCACCCACUACCCGCUAGACCGGUGCUGCUAUGGGAAAUUCCUGCUGACGUCCCACAGGCUGGACCCCUGGAAGAUGCAGGAAGCCUGGAAGCUGGUGGGUGGCUCUGACGGGGAAAGGACUGCGCCCUUUUGCUCCUGGUUCCAGGGAGUCCUGGGCAUCCUGCGGUGUCGAGCAAUAGCCUGGCUUCACAGCUGAGAGUGCCUGGGGCCACAGGAAAGGCAGGAACAGGACCUUCUCUCUCCCAGGCCCAACGCAGGGGCCCUCACUGGCUGCAGCUGAUCUUUCCUCAUACCAGAUCCUCAGUCUCACUAAAGACAGGGAUAUGGGAGACACCCAGGGGCCUGGCCCGCCAGCCUGAAAGAUGGUCACCAGGAAGAGAAAAAGAAAAAAAUGCUGCAGCUGUUCUCUCAAGCUAGGGCAGAAGAGGGCUGUCAAGCUCCUCAAUAAACUUGUCUCCACUUCUUCGAGUGCAGUGUGGUCUUCACCAGGACCCCCAGAACAACACAAACCUGGAGACCCCAGAGGCUGCCAGACCCUGCUUCAUGGGAAGGACAUCUACAGGGACAUGGGAGAGAGGACAGCCUCUCUGAGGAGGAAGGCCCCUAAAAGGCAAAGCUAAGGCCACAGCAGCCACAAGAACUUCAGCACAGAGCCCCGCCCACAGCAGAUGCCCAGUGAAUACCUGACGAAAGGAAUCAGAGGAAAAUACAAAUCAGAGAGAACAGCUGUGGAAAAUGCAGAUACUCUCUCAGGAACAGCAGAAAUCCAAAGCAGACACCACCUCUACCCCUCACAUCAGCCAGACCUGGAGAGAACAAUCAUCUUGAAUGGCAAUGAUGAAUACAGCGCUCCCUAUUUGCUAAGCACUGUGCUAAACUAUAUGCCUUAACUCAUCUUAAUGUCUUAAUGUCUACAACAGCUUUUAUAAGGGCUUUAAACUCGGGCUUGGUAAACUACUGCCCACGGGCCAAACCUGGCCCAUCAUCUAGUUCUGUAUGGCCCACAAGCCAAGAAUGGUUUUUACAUUUUUAAGUGGUUGAAAAAAAAUCAAAAGAAUAUUUUGAGACUGUGAAAACUGUAUGAAAUUCAAAUUCCAAUAUCCACAAAUAAAGCUCUAUUGGAAC